AACAGCCUCUGUGGUAUGAAUCCUUAUAUUUCAAACAUAUUGAGUUUAUAUAACUAACAGACUGACCACAUCGUACCAAUAAAAUAGAAAAUAACAUUUGUAGAAGAUUUGGCCAAAUGUGUCUGUGAAUAGGAGGAACGGUAAUUAAUGGACUAGGUAUAACUCAAAACCGGUAAAUCGUAUAAUAAUAGUCUAUAGGUCAAAAUAAAGCUUAUAAUAAAAGGGAUACGAAUAUGAAGCAAUUAUACAAUAGGAAAUAUACAUAUCAUAUUGAUCCAUAAAUAUCAUUCAUAAUUCUCCACGGGAUAUAACAGUUACAAGCUUCUGUAGUCAAUCUCAGAAUUUUUUUUUUAGACUUAUACUCAUUACUUACAGAAACAGACUUUAAAAAAAUGCAAUUAUAUGAAGAUUGAAAUUCUAACCGAUCAUUGACUAAAACACUUGACAUUUUCAGUUAUAAUAUACAGUUGAAUAGAAAUGAUUAUGAAAAUCGCUACAAUUCAUAAGUUCUAGGAAUUUAAAUAUACCAUAAUUCCACAUCUGGUAAUGUCAAACCUCAAUGUUAGAUUAAUGAAAUCGGCUUUUUCUAUUACAAGUGAGCAUCAUAAAUCUAUACUAAUUGUAUCCUUCACUACUUAAACUGUCAUUCAUUAAUUUGAUAUAGGACAAAAUAAUUGAUUUCAUAUAGUUAAAUAUCAUAAAUGUAAUGACUGAACAUAAUGUAUAACAAAUGAAUACACUUGACUACAGAUAAACAUCUGUAAUUUGUGUGUAUAUAUAUAUCCAUUGAAUGAUUUCAACAGCUUUAUUGUUUAUCAUUCUACUAUAAUAUGUAUAGUACAAUUCAAUGGAUAUGAUAGAAGAGCUUUAGUUUAUUAAUGUAUUUUAAUUUUUCGAUAAAAUAUAUGUACCUUCCCAUUAUGCCAAUCAUGAAACAGUGAACGAAAUGUUAAUAAUAAUAGUAAUAUAUAUACAUCAGAUAUUCUAUAUAACGUUCAUGAAUCCAUAGUAUACCAUCAAAGGAAGUAUAGUGUUGUAAACAUUCAAUAAAGAAUAACAUAGACUGGUUUAACAUCAAAAUUAUUGAUUUACGUAUACAAAGUCUAUAUCUAAUCAUCAGGGGGUUUUACACAAUAAACAAACAUGAAGGAUUAUCUACAUUUUGAUUAUUGAAUAGACAUUUUCAUAUGCUCCUGAACCAGGUUGGUAUGAAAACAUCAUAAAAUAUCGUAAUAACAAGACUGAACAAAAUUUCAAAUUAAUGUGUAUGAAAUUAUAUGAAAUAGUUACGGAUUCAAAAAACAAUUCAAAAAGUGGAAACAUGUUACUGAACGCUUACAAUGUUUGGAAUAUUCGACCGAAAGUUUGGAUUGCUUCAUUAAUUUCAAUUUUUGUCAUAAGUGCAGUUGGACUAUUAGGAGUUGGUGUAGUACCAUUAGUUCAAAAAGUAUUUUUCAAUCAAGUUAUUCAAUAUUUGGUUGCAUUGGCUGUUGGGACUUUGACCGGUGAUGCAAUGCUACAUUUACUUCCCCAUGCUAUAAGCAUUGGUCAAGGUCAUGAUCAUGGAGGUGAAGAAACAUCAUCUAAGGAAGAAAAUGGCGAACGUAUAGCAAUUUUGAAAGGUUUGGUGGCUUUGGGUGGUGUAUAUUUCUUUUUCAUGGCGGAGAAAAUAUUAAGCUUAACUUCUGAAUAUCGGGCUGAAAAAAAGCUUGAAAAAGAAGAUCGUGAAAGAGCACUACUUAAUUUACCUGUAGCUCCAGUAACUCGUCGUUUAAGUUCUGUAAGACCAUCUUUGGCUCCAGGUGGACUUUUAGCAGUAUCUGGGCAAACCAGAAGACUAUCACAACUUGAUCCUACAUCAUGUAGAAGAGCAUCACGUGCUAUGUCUAUUGCAAAUGAAGAUGUAUUUGUUACGGGACUAAGUAGCAAAGCAAUGAAAUCAAUCGACAUUCUUUAUAGCUAUGCAGAGGAAUAUGAUGAGCUUACAAGAAGAUCUUCACAGGACAAUGGUAUAGAACAACCAUUGGUAAAACAUGAAGCACAGUUGGACCUUCCUGAUGGGAAACCAAAGCAAGUUAAUGAAGAGAACAGCUCAAAGAAAGAUAUACAACAACAUCAAGAAAAGCUUGUAAUAAAUUUGCCAAAAAUUACAAUAGCAGAAGAAAAUGAGACCAAGAUAAAAGAAUCAGAAAAACAGUUGCGUAUCGACUUACCAGAUCAUCAUCAGGAAGACGUAAACACAUCUGAUCAUGGACAUGGUCAUAGUCAUGGUCAUUCGCACGAAGUUCCAGAAUCUGUAGCUGCAGUGGCUUGGAUGGUAAUUAUGGGUGAUGGUCUACAUAAUUUUACAGAUGGGAUGGCAAUCGGUGCUGCGUUCGCUCAAAGCAUUUCAGGUGGUCUUAGCACAAGUGUUGCAGUAUUCUGCCAUGAACUACCGCACGAGCUAGAUCGAUUUCAAUGUGUUUGUGAAUUACUGCAUGACCUGAGUGUCAAGCUGCUAAAAAUUCUAUAGUGUUUUCAGAAUUGCCUCUAUCCAAGAUUUCAACAUUUUCCCAGUCGAAUGUGUGUCCAUAGUUGUCCACAUACAUUGAUGUAAACGAAGAUAUGUCAUGGACUUUGACUGCUAAUUGAUGUUCAUGUGAUUUUGCUGUACUUUUAAAAACUGGUAUGCGGAUUAAAGAAGCAAUGUUUUUCAAUAUUAUUUCAUCAAUUCUUUGUUUAUUUGGAAUGUUAGUUGGUAUAGGUAUUGGUAAUGUAGAAUCUGCAAGUUAUUGGAUAUUUGCAAUUACUGCUGGAACAUUUAUUUAUAUUGCACUUGUUGAUAUGUUACCUGAACUUAAUUCACUUGAAUUAAGACCAGGUCAAACACGAAUUGGUCAAUUCAUUAUUCAAACAGCUGGUUUAACAACUGGUGUUGGAAUUAUGCUGGUUAUAGCCUUAUUUGAAGAUUCUAUUCGUGUAAUAGUUGAUUAAAAUUAAUAAAAUUGCAUUUAUUAUUGAUAAACUAUUAUUGAUAUUGUGACAUAUGCUAGUCAGUCAGUCAGUCAGCUAUAACGUAGGACCUGGCAUAUGAACAAUAUGGACACUUAUGAAAUCCCAUUAACCCUUUUAAAUUAUAAUUGAGUAUAUGUUAUCCUCCAAUUGUACUUGAUCAUGUACUAAUGAUCUCAAAAAUCAAAGUAAUUAUUCUACUUACUGAUCUCAUUAUUUCAUUUAUAUUUCAUUCCUUUUUAUUUCAUAUUUACAAUUGGGUGUUUCCAAUAUUAUCAUUAUUCUGCACUGGAUAUUUGGUCUUGGUUUUUUUUUCUGUGUAUUCACCUACCUGGAUACUCACUCGUUAAAACAUGUAAACAAAUAAAGUACUUAACUAUCUAUCUAUCUACAUAUUGAAAACUGAAUUAUAAACAACUAUACAUUUCGAAUUCGCUUAACAAUAUAACUACAGUUUGCAAAUAUCCAAACAUUUACUUUUUUGAAUAGAAUAAAUAAACACGAACACAACAUUUUCUU